AAAUAUUAUAGAUAAAUGGAUAAUAAACCUAAAUCAAUGGCUAAAUAUAUCAAAUAGGCCAGAAAUUAACUUUAAACAGCAGUGUCUGCGAGCAAGAUUUGCUAUAUAAACAGCAGACGUGUAAAAUAGAGUGGCUUCCCCCUGAAUCUUAUAAAAAUAAAACUUAAACAAGAUGGCUGCUAUAGUAGUGCUAUAUUUUAGGUAGAUCUAUGUAAAAUCAGUAGAGGCUAACACGGAGGCUAAUUGAAAGGAUGCUCGUAACUUGGUUAUGUCAUUUCAUUUAUAAGAAGCAGCAUGGGAGAGGCAACUGCUGAUUUAGAUUUACAGUCUGAUGAGUUUAAAGAAUUUUCAAAUUCUGAAGAUGUGAAGCCACUUCUAUCUACAGUAUUUUCAUCUUCUUCUGACAUAAAAACAGAAUUAUCAUUUUUAACUUUCCGUGAUAUCAAACCAAACUUGACAUUUAUAGCUUCACAGGAUGAUAAAACCGUUGUUACGCCAGAUUUUUCAUCUUCUACAGACACAAAGUCAGAAUGUACAACAUUUUCCUCUUUUGAUGAUGUAAAACACCAUAUGACAUUUCUAACUUCUCAAGAUAAAACAACAGGAUUUUUAAUUUUUAAAGAUAUGGAACCUGCUGUAUCAGCAGUAUGUACAAGAUCUGAAGAUAUAAAACCAGAAUUAGAAACUUUAUCAACCAACACAGAAUUAGAAAUUUUAUCAACUACUGAAGAUAUAAAUCCAGAAUUACAAAAUAUAUCAACUAGUGAAGAUCUAAAACGAGAAUUAGAAACUUUAUCAACUAGCGAAGAUAUAUUCCCAGAAUUAGAAACUUUAUCAACCAACAAAAAUUUGAAACCAGAUUUAUGGACAAAAUUUUUAGAUUCUGAGGACAAACAACAAAAUGGACUUGAAGAAAAGCUAAAACUCUCUGAAGAUGAAACAUAUCUCUCUGUUGAUCCUCAUGAUCAUCAUGAACAGUUUUUUCAAAGAUCUAACUUGAAUAAACAAGCUCAAGUAGAGGAGAAGCCACUUGAAUGUGAUGCUUGCCAUAAAAGGUUUUCAGAUAGUUCUAGGUUAAAUGAACAUAAAAAAGUUCAUUCAGGAGAUAGGCCAUAUGAAUGUGAUUAUUGUCAUAAAAAGUUUUCUAAUAGUUCUGCUCUAAGCAGCCACAAAAAAAUACAUUUACUAGUUAGACAGUAUGAAUGUGAUGUUUGUCACAAAAGGUUUUCAAGGAAUUCUUAUUUAGCGAAACACAAAAAAGUUCAUUCAGGAGAUAAGCCUCAUGAAUGUGAUGUUUGUCACAAAAGGUUUUUAAGGAAUUAUGGUUUAGCGGAACACAAAAGAGUUCAUUCAGGAGAUAAACCAUUUGAAUGUGAUGUUUGUCAUAAAAAGUUUUCUCAGAGUUAUAAUUUAUAUGCACACAAAAGAGUUCAUUCAGGAGAUAAACCAUUUAAAUGUGAUGUUUGUCAAAAAAAGUUUUCUCAGCGUUCUAAUUUAUAUGCACACAAACAAGUUCAUUCAGAAGAUAAACCAUUUGAAUGUGAUGUUUGUCAUAAAAAGUUUUCAUAUAGUUCUGCUCUAAGCAACCACAAAAAAAUACAUUUACUAGUUAGACAGUAUGAAUGUGAUGUUUGUCACAAAAGGUUUUCAAGGAAUUCUGGUUUAGCGAAACACAAAAAAGUUCAUUCAGGAUAUAAGCCUCAUGAAUGUGAUGUUUGUCAUAAAAAGUUUUCUCAGAGUUCUAGUUUAUAUGCACACAAAAGAGUUCAUUCAGGAGAUAAACCAUUUGAAUGUGAUGUUUGUCAAAAAAAGUUUUCUCAGAGUUCUAGUUUAUAUACACACAAAAGAGUUCAUUCAGAAGAUAAACCAUUUGAAUGUGAUGUUUGUCAUAAAAAGUUUUCAUAUAGUUCUAGUUUAUAUACACACAAACAAGUUCAUUCAGAAGAUAAACCUUUUGAAUGUGAUGUUUGUCAUAAAAAGUUUUCAUAUAGUACUACUUUAUAUGCACACAAACAUGUUCAUUCAGAAGAUAAACAAUUUGAAUGUGAUGUUUGUCAUAAAAAGUUUUCUCAGAGUUCUAGCUUAUAUAGACACAAAAGAGUUCAUUCAGAAUAUAAACCAUUUGAAUGUGAUGUUUGUCAUAAAAAGUUUUCACAUAGUGCUAAUUUAUAUGCACACAAACAAGUUCAUUCAGAAGAUAAACAAUUUGAAUGUGAUGUUUGUCAUAAAAAGUUUUCUCAGAGUUCUAGUUUAUAUACACACAAAAGAGUUCAUCCAGAAGAUAAACAAUUUGAAUGUGAUGUUUGUCAUAAAAAGUUUUCUCAGAGUUCUAGUUUAUAUAAACACAAAAGAGUUCAUUCAGAAGAUAAACCAUUUGAAUGUAAGGUUUGUCAUAUAAAGUUUUCACAUAGUGCUAUUUUAUAUAUACACAAACAAGUUCAUUCAGAAGAUAAACAAUUUGAAUGUGAUGUUUGUCAUAUAAAGUUUUCACAUAGUGCUAUUUUAUAUAUACACAAACAAGUUCAUUCAGAAGAUAAACAAUUUGAAUGUGAUGUUUGUCAUAAAAAGUUUUCUCAGAGUUCUAGUUUAUAUAGACACAAAAGAGUUCAUCCAGAAUAUAAACCAUUUGAAUGUGAUGUUUGUCAUAAAAAGUUUUCACAUAGUGCUAAUUUAUAUGCACACAAACACGUUCAUUCAGAAGAUAAACAAUUUGAAUGUGAUGUUUGUCAUAAAAAGUUUUCUCAGAGUUCUAGUUUAUAUACACACAAAAGAGUUCAUUCAGAAGAUAAACCAUUUGAAUGUAAUUAUUGCCAUAAAUAUUUUUCUAGAAAAAAUAAAACGGUUCAUACUGGAGAUAAGCCAGAUGAAUGUGAUGAUUGCCAUAAAUAUGUUUCUAAAAUAAAGCGGCUCCCGACAUAUUGGCUCCCGAUAUAAGUGCUCAAGACAAAUGGGCUUCCGACAAAUCGGCUCACGACAUAUUGGCUACCGACAAUUGGGCUCCCGACAUAUUGGCUUUUGACAAAAUGACUCCCGACAUAUUGGCUCCAGACCAAUGAAUGGCAUGACCACUAUUGGCAUAAAAGUAACGAUUUUGUCCUACCUCCAAUACCACUAUAUACUCUUUUAAAUGCCCGAAUGAAAUUGUUUUUCAUGAACCAACAUUAAUUCACAAACACAGCGAGCCCUUAACAGAUAAAUUUCACCAAUUCUAAAGUUUUGAUAAUGUUUAAUUUACAACAGAAAAGAUCUGUUGCUUAAAAGCGUGCACAGAAGUGUAAAUGUACGAUAUAUGUAUAUUUAUGUAUAUAUAUAUGUAUAUUUAUGUGUAUAUAUAUGUGUAUAUAUAUGUGUAUAUAUAUGUUGGCAGGUAUCCUAAUGUUGGCUGGUUAUUGAAUAGUUGUCACAGGUUGCUUGUUUUUUGUGUGUAGUUAUAUUCUUGGUUGGUCGUAGCUGGAUCGGGGUAAUGUUCUCCCCUCCCCUUCUCUCAAGACACCGCCCGGUUCUCACGGCACUGGGUUCUGGCAGGGUGUGACGGUGUCACGGAUAAUUUACGACCGUAAGGUCGCGACGGUCAGUUCUUGUCAAACAGGUGGUCGGAAAGUAUGGGAAAAAGUUUGUUUGGAUUCAGCCUAUUUAAGAGGACUGUGUUCAGACCUCUGUCUCUUACACACCAAGCUAGGGCUAUAGACCAGUCUAGGCCUUAUGAUGGCCGCAGAGGCUGGUUUAGUGGCCCAGCUGAGGUAUUGUUGAUAUGGCCUGGUGUUUACACCAGCGGCCCAACACCUUGUUCCAGUGGCCCGAUAUUAUGCUCCUGGCCUGAUGUCUCCUUCUUGUGGCCCGAUAUUAUGCUCGUGGCCUGAUGUCUCGUUCUUGUGGCCCGAUAUUAUGCUCGUGGCCUGAUGUCUCGUUCUUGUGGCCCGAUAUUAUGCUCGUUGCCUGAUGUCUCGUUCUUGUGGCCCGAUAUUAUGCUCGUUGCCUGAUGUCUCGAUCCAGUGGCCAAAUGUCUCGCUCUGGGGCCAGAUGUUUGUUUUGGAGGACGGAUAUGUUGUCCUUGUGGCUGGGGAAUCGCCCUGCCUUUUGUGUGUGACGAACUGGGUCGUGUAAGGAACUCGUAUACAUUCAUGAAAGGAUAAAAUUGUGGUUGUAUCUAAAAAUGUAAGUGAUUUAUUUUUUUAAAUUUUUACAUGUAUUAAGAAUUCGAGGGAUGUUUCUUUUAUUAUGAAAACCGGCCAGGUCUUAUUUGUAUCCUUUUGUUUUUUGCUUGUAAAAUACAUUUUUUGUGAAGUAGGAUGAAGUUAAAUAAAUGCAUUAACUGGGUGUUUACCAAGUUUUAUUUUUAGUGUAAAAUUAAUGUUGUAUUUGUUUAGAUGUUAAUUAGUUUUGCUCAGGUCUAUUAGAUUCCUUUGUCACCACGCAAAGGUGCACGGAUUUGAGAGAAUAAUGUUCAAUACCAUCUUACCAUGUCUCUCUUUUAAUCGGUUAACAAAAACAACCCUCCCCUUACAUUUUGGUGUCAGAAGUGGGAUCGCAGAUGAUCCCUCUUUCUCGAACAACUAA